CAAAGCACACACUACAAAACACACACUAAAAUAUAUGGAGUCAAGAAAAGAAUCCAGUCAACCUUCAACAGCAGAUCACAAUUCAAUGUUAUGCAACAAUGAUUUCCAGAACGCCAAGGAAAGACUUUUAGAUGAAUGCACUAGAGACGGAUCGUUGGAUUGGUAUGGAAAACCAGCAAGAAAACGAAAAACUGGAGGAUGGAAAUCUGGCAUGCUGUUGCUUGUGAAUGAAGGAUUAGCAACACUUGCAUUCACAGGAGUGGAAGUGAAUAUGGUCUUGUUUUCAAAAUCUGUGUUGAGACAAUCAAAUGCAGAAUCAGCCAGCAUGUUUAGCAAUUGGAUGGGCAGUGUUUAUUUGUUCUCUCUUUUGGGUGCCUUUUUUAGUGACUCAUAUUUUGGAAGAUAUCUCACUUGUAUCAUAUUUCAAGUUAUUUUGACCAUUGGUUUAAUUGCAUUGUCAUUAACAACUCAAUCUUUUAUGUUACAACCCGAAGGUUGUGGUAGAAUAGGAGAAUUAUGUGAGCCUCAUUCACCAUACCAAGUAGCAAUCUUCUAUGUAUCGAUUUACUUAAUUGCCCUUGGAAACGGUGGUGCAGAGCCUGCGCUUGCUACAUUUGGUGCUGAUCAAUUUGAUGAAGAAGAUCCUGAAGAAAAACAAGCGAAAACAGCAUUCUUGAGUUACUUCUAUGUUGCCUUAAAUCUCGGUUCUUUGAUCUCAGAAACAGUAUUAGUUUACAUUGAAACCAUGGGACUGUAUGUGGUGGCUUUCUGGAUAUCUACUGCAUGUGGCUUCAUUGCUUUGAUGGCUAUAGUGAGCGGAACUUUCAGAUACAGACAUUUCAAGCCUUCAGGUAACCCUAUCUCAAGAUUCUCUCAAGUCAUCGUUGCUUCCGUGAGGAAACUUAAGCUUCAAAUGCCUUCCAAUGGAGAUGGGCUCUAUGAAGACUAUUCCAAAGAUGACAGUGGGUCAAGGAGGAUAUAUCACACUAAAGACUUCAAGUUUCUUGACCGUGCUUCUAUCAUGACCCCUGAUGAUGGUGAAAACCCGCAUCCAUGGAGGCUAUGUACUGUCACUCAAGUUGAAGAAGUCAAAUGUGUACUAAGACUGCUACCAAUAUGGUUAUGUACCAUUUUAUCAUCAGUCGUAUUCAUACAGAUGAUUUCACUUUUCGUGGAACAAGGUGCUGCUAUGAAUAGAAAAAUGUCAAACUUCCAAAUCCCACCAGCAAGCAUGACCAUCUUUGACAUAAUAAGCACAUCUGCAUUCAUUAUUUGCUAUGACAAGCUCAUCCUCCCUCUAUAUUUCAAAAUAACAAAAAGAAAACCGAAAUUGCCUAGUGAGCUACAGAGAAUGGGGAUUGGUCUCGCUAUAGCUACAGUGGCGAUCAUUACAGCAGGUGUAGUGGAACAUCACAGGCUAAGAUAUGCAAGUGCAGGACCGAAAGAAACCAGCUCAUUGAGUAUAUUUUGGCAAACUCCACAAUAUGUGUUGGUGGGAGUAGCCGAAGCAUUUACUUACGUGGCCCAGUGGGAAUUUUUUGCAGCACAAGUUCCUGAUAAGUUGAAAAGUAUUGGGCUGGGGUUGUCUAUGUGUUCUUCAGCAAUGGGGAGUUAUACUAGCAGCAUUAUCUUGUCCGUGGUAAUGAAGAUUACUUCAAAAAAUGGGAAACCCGGGUGGGUCCCAGCGAACUUAAAUGACGGACAUUUGGAUCGUUUUUUCUUUCUUUGUGCAACGUUGACUGCACUAAAUCUUGUAUUGUUUGUUUCGUGUGCUAAGAAGUAUAAGAAUAUAGUUGUGGAGAGAAGAGAUGAAGCACGUGAAAUGGAUUAAAAGCGGCCAAGCAAAAUGAAGCUUAACGGUCAUGGUUAAUGUUGCAAUAAGAAACAGAAAUACAACUUAUAUUAUAUGAUACCUUAUAUUCGUAA